AUGGAGCUUUUACAAGAGCAUAUGAUGGAGAAUGCGGGAAAAUCAAAGGGGACAAUAGGAGUUUUUAGAGUUGAGGAGGGUUCUUCUUCGGGCUAUUCAAAGCCUGGGGAGAAUCAAGGUUGGAACUCUAAGAGAUGCGAGGAGGGUUUCCACCCAUGCUAUUUACAGCAAGGUGGGAAUCAAGGUUGGAACUAUAACAAGGGGGAAGAGAAAACGAGAUACCAUCAAGAUUGGUCCGAGCAGAGUGAUUAUUGGAGAAGGGAGGAUUAUUAUGAAGAGGACUACACUAACUCAAGUGAGAGCCCAAAAUCGAGAGGGAGUCCAAGUAGUCCCCGGGUGAAUGAUUUGCCUUUACGCAUUCUUGAUAAAGUUGAAGUCUCGAAUGAAUUAUUGAAAGGGAUGAAAUAUGAUUUUUCAUCAUUGAACAAUAAAGUAAACUCUCAUACUGAUGAAAUAAAGCUGGUUGUGGUCACUCGUAGUGGAAAAGAAGCAAUAGGUGAUGUCACAGGAAAUGAAAAAGUGCACACGCAUGAAGAAGGCAAAGGUAUAGAGGAAGAAGAAAUAACCAUCCAUCAAGACAUUGCCAAGAAACCGCAAAGUGAUGUGGAGAAACACAUGCCAAGCCCAAAAGUUAAGCAGCCUUUACCCAAAAUAUCUCCUCCAUUUACCCAACGCCUCAAGAAGAAGAAUGAAGAUGAGAAGUUCAAAAAAAAAUUAUCGGUGUUCAAGACUCUAUCUAUUAAUCUCCCUCUAGUGGAAGUAUUGUUGGAAAUGUCGGGUUAUGCCAAGUUUAUGAAGGAGUUAGGCACAAACAAAAAUAGCUUGGAUUUUGAGAUGAUCGAAGUUUCUCACAGUUGUAGUGCAAUUAUGACUACUGAGCUGAUAAAAAAGAAAGAAUAUCCUGAAGCGUUCACCAUCCCAUGCACCAUAGGCAUGCUCCAAUUUGCCAAAGUCUUAUGCAAUUUGGGAGCAAGUAUCAAUCUAAUUCCAUACACGAUCUAUAAACAACUCGGUUUGGAUGAAGCAAAGGCUACAACUAUGAGACUCUUGAUGGCAGACCGAUCAACUAAAAAUCCAGGGGGAUAUUAUAUGACAUCUUCCUUUGGUUUAGGUUCUCAGCUUCACGAUCACGCAUAG